AUGGUGUACCUGGGGCGCAAGGAGGGCAUACAGGACGGCGACGCCAUGCAGGACAUCUGGGGCGCGCGCCAGUGGGCAGACAGUGCGUGCACGCGGGGUUUCAUUGUCCCGGCCCUGCGGCAGAAGCUGGCGCGCGACCCCAAGAAGAAGUCGGAGCUGGCCCGGGCGGCCGGCAGGCGCGCGGUCACCGAGCUGGUGCGGUUGGGCCCCAGCUACGUGAAGAUCGGGCAGAUCAUCUCCAGCCGCCCAGACAAGGUGCCAGAAGAGUACAUCGAGGAGCUCAAGUGCCUGCAGGAUAACGUGCCCGCCUUCAGCGGCAGGCGCGCGAGGGCCAUCCUGGAGGCGGAGCUGAAGAAGCCGGUGUCGGAAUUGUUUAAGGAGUUCGACGACGUGCCGCUGGCCGCCGCCUCCCUCGGGCAGGUGCACCGCGCCGUGCUGCCCGACGGCCGCGAGGUGGCGAUCAAGGUGCAGCGGGACAAGCUCAAGGAGAUGUACGAUCUGGACCUCCCACAGUUCGACAAGAUAACUGACAUGAUGGACAGGUUCAAGAUUGGAGUUGAUGCCAAGACGAUGUUCAAAGACGCAAAGGUCAUUCUGUACCGAGAGAUCGACUACACAUCCGAAGCUGAAAACACCAGAAGGUUAGCCAAAGCUUUCGAGAACGAGCCGUGGGUAAAGAUUCCAAAUAUCAUCGACGACUAUACGACCGAGAAGAUUUUGACAAUGGAGUAUGUCCCAGGUAUCAAGAUUGACAACUUGGAGAAGUUGGAUGCCACAGAAGGCAUCGAUCGAAAGUUGCUGGGGGAGAACUUGGCGAAGGCAUACCUGCUGCAGUUUUGCAAGUACGGCGUGUUCAACGCCGACCCUCACCCUGGCAACCUCGCCGUCGACACGAAGUCGAAGGGCGGCCGGCUCAUCAUUUACGACUUCGGACAGGUGUCGUACUUGACAGAGUCCCAGUGCGAUGGCGUAUUGCAGGUCAUACAGUCCAUCGUCGACUUGGACGCCAAGGCGUGCGUCAAGGCUUUCGACAAGCUCGGCGCUAUCAAGCCAGGCGCAGACACCACCGCGCUCACCGCAAAGAUCGCAGAGAAUUUUCGCCUCGGGAAGGUCUGGAUUGCCAGCAGGGAGCAGGAGCGAAAGCCGACGCCGUCGAGGAGGAGCAGGACGGGAAGAUCAAGGACAGCGAGGUCAUGA